AUGAAGGCUAUACCGAUCACCAAUAUUUCGAAGCCCCGCCUCACCAUUUAUCUGCGAAAGAAGAAAUGGAGGCGUAAAUACGACUCCACUUGCGAUAUUGCGACAAAUACCCGUCGACUCGACGGUCGACUGAACAAGAUUAUGAACACCAUGACCUUCUUGGUUGCUGAUGAAAAACCACGUAAGAACGGAUUAGCAUAG